UUUUGUUUCUAUUAUGAAGGAAGACACCAAACGAUGUUAUAUACAGAAUGGCUCUGAGCGAGCGUCUUGGAAGAGGAACAGCGAAGGAACAAUACGCUUAUAUAUACAGAGAUGACAAACUGUCAGUGUUGGAUGAACAAGCUUUCCCGGAUGUUGAAGACCUUUUCAUGAGACCACCGUAUAUUGUACACUUUUCUUCACCGACAACUCGUGAUCUUUCAUCAUUUGUGGCUAUUUGCAGCCACACUCAACCUAGUGGUGCAGCGAACGAAACACACGCUCUGGCCACUGUCUACGACUAUGCUCAGAACCAUUACAAAAAUCCGAAUGCUAUCAUCAUGGGGGAUUUCAAUGCUGGGUGUUCUAAUGUUCGAGUGGGAGACUGGAAUUGGAUAGCAUUGUGGACUCGUGAGGAAUUCACGUGGCUUAUUGGCCAUCACAUAGACACUACUACCUACGUUUCGAGUUGCCCGUAUGACAGAUUUGUCAUAGCCGGAAGUAAGAUGGAAAGUGCAGUAAUCCCUGGUUCUCCAAAGGCCUUUGAUUUUCAAGAAGAAUACAGUUUGACAGAUGAUCAGACACUUUGA